AUGUCUCACGCACAAAUCACCCACCGUCGCGCCGUCCGCCGAACAGACGACUACACCCCCCAUACCCCCAAAGUGAACAUUGUAACAGAGCCACUCCCCCUCCCACUAUCCUCCACGGCAGUUCUGAUCCGCGUGCACGCCGUCGCCCUCAACUAUCGUGACGCCAACAUCGCCAAUGGCGGGAACCCAUGGCCUGUCCUGCCGCACGGCAUCCUGGGCAACGACGCUGCCGGAGAAGUAAUUGCCGUAGGAGAGAAAGUGAAGACUCUGGCUGUUGGGGAUCGUGCGGCGCCGAUUACAGACACCGAGCAGAUAACAGAGCGUGCGACGAAGCGGUCGUGGCUCGCUGCCGACGAAGAUGGGGUGAUGGCGGAUUAUAUCGUCUAUGAUGAGAGUGUGCUGUGUAAACUCCCUGUUUAUUUGGAUUGGGUGCAGGCGUCGAUGAUCCCUUGUGCGGGGGUUACGGCGUGGUCGGCGUUGAAGGGGAUGAGGAUUGGGCAGACGGUUUUGGUGCAGGGGACCGGAGGCGUCAGUAUGUUUGCGCUGAAGUUGGCGCUUGCGGCUGGUCUGCGUGUGAUUCUGACGUCGUCGAGCGAUGCGAAGCUUCAGGCCAUUAAGGAGAAGUAUGCUGGUUCUGCUAUCUUGACGGUUAAUUAUAAGAAUAUACCAGAGUGGGAUGAAGAGGUAUUGAAUCUUACUGGUGGUGUUGGCGUGGACUUGGUGGUGGAGAACGGGGGGACGGGCUCCCUGGUCAAGAGUAUGCGCUGCACUCGCCGUGGAGGGGUGGUCAGCCAGGUGGGAUAUCUUGGAAAGCAGGAUCCAUCUGAGCUGCGCGAACUGGUUCCGACUCUUAUUGACCGGAGGAUCAACCUUAGGGGCAUUAAUGCGGGCUCGAAGCUCGAUCUGGAGGACUUUUGUGAGGCGCUCUCGGCUUCACAGACGCUACUUGAUGACCUUAUUGAUAAGGUGUUUCCGUUCGAGCAAGCUGAGGAGGCUGUUGAGUAUGUUUGGCAGGGUAAGCAGGUUGGGAAAGUUGUGCUGCGUCUUUAG